AAAGUGAAAUCAAAAUGGAAAUAUUAACAUAAGAUAGUCAUAUAAGUUAAAUUUUAAGUAAUGGUAUGAUUGAUUUCCACAGUAAACGUUAGAUACAAACAUUCGGAUAUUAAUUGAUACACAUGCAUUAGGUGAUUGGACAGAUAUUUAUAAGAGUAUUGCAUAAUUUAAACAGAUUGUAGUACCUGGUAAUAAUGUUUUAUUUAAACGAAAGCCAGAGCAGCAUAUACCUUGAAGAACUGAACAAUGCUAUGGUUAAGUUACUUAUACCAAAUACUGUACUUUUAUUUGUGCUUUUAAUCGUCAGUCUCGUUGGAAAUGGUUUAGUUGUGUACGUUUACACUUUCCAAAUGAAAUCAAAAACAGAUGACAGAUAUUUCAUUCCAUGCUUAGCUGUUGUUGAUAUGAUCGCAUGCGGCCUUGGAGUAUCAUUUGGGAUUUGUAUGAACUUUAAUCCGUUGAACUUUAGAAAGGGAGUAAUAUGUAAAUUGAUCUGGAGUGCAAAUCAAUUUACUGCAACGAGUUCGGGUCUGAUGCUAUUAGCAAUUGCUGUGCAACGGUAUAUUAAGGUCAGUCGAUUAUCGAACUCUUCUAUGAGCCUACGUAGUAAACGAUUGACAAUUACAGCAAUCAUAAUUGUAUCUAUUGUAUUAUCACUUCCGUGUUUUAUCUUGUAUGGCGAAACGGAGGUUCCAUUGAAAAGUGAAAACACAACAAUAACGGGAUACAAUUGUGGCGCUUUGCCUAACGUAAAUCGAGAUUAUCUAUUUGUUUAUUCAGUUACACUGUUACUAUUAUGUUUGGCUGGAAUUUUUGCACUCAUCGCACUAUACUGCGUAUUACUUCGUAUCAUAUAUAGACAAGAAUCUUUCAGAAAAAGAAAUAGGUCAACCAUACGUUUCUUAGGCGUCAGUGUACAUCAUGGUUUCGAGAACAAAAUGAUAAAAGAUUCUGGCUCAACUAAUUUUGCAGAUGAGGAUUACUCUGUUGAUAAAUCUGAUUCCUACAACACGGACAUUGUAUCAAAGACGACAAGCAGCCGAACAGAGGAGACGAAUGGAGGAUUCGACAUGCCGGGUCAUAUGUCUACUGCUCCUUCUGCAAUUCAUAUAAGACGAAAGUCAAAACUAAUCAACAUUUUCAGUCGAAUUAAACGCAAACAUCGGUUCUCUAUAAUGUUUUUUCUUAUCACACUAUUAUUUUUCAUCACUUAUUUCCCUAGAAUUGCAUUGAUGAUUAUAGAAUCUGUGAUAACAAGUUUCUGGGAUACGUUAACAGACGCUCAAUACGUCACAGUUUUGUGUUUUUACAGAGGAUAUCUAAUGAAUAAUGUUGUGAAUCCUGUAAUUUAUUUAAUAUUUGAUACAGUUUUCAGAACAUCUUGUAAACAAUUGUGUUGUAGAAAUUGACGAGACUACUAAAUGUUAAAAGGAUUAACACAACUUUAUUCUUCGAAUUGUAUUAUCUCUUCUUUUAUAAUACUUCAAAUUUCCAUACAUGUAGCAUUACUUCGAUAACAUUCUGAAAGUUAGAAUAUUUACGACAUACUUUAAAAAAAAAAUGUUACAAAAGAAAGCAUGCGAACCGAGGUUUCAGCAUUUCUCCUUGACGUUUAUUUUAUAUACACAAAUCCUGCUGUAACAGAUAUCUGAAAAGAAAAGUACGACUUAUGACCCAUUGACAUAUACAUUUUUACACAUUGCUAGAUUACCUCUGCGAAAUUACACCACAUUUACAUAUUGGAUAUUCUCACAAGAUGACAGAUACGUGUAUAUAUACCUUUGCACUGGAAGAGACCACCGAGUAAAAAUUAACAGAACUAAAAAUAAU